AUGGGCCAAGGGGACGAGAGCGAGCGCAUCGUGAUCAACGUGGGCGGCACGCGCCACCAGACGUACCGCUCGACGCUGCGCACGCUGCCCGGCACGCGGCUGGCCUGGCUGGCGGAGCCCGACGCCCACAGCCACUUCGACUAUGACCCGCGCGCCGACGAGUUCUUCUUCGACCGCCACCCCGGCGUCUUCGCGCACAUCCUGAACUACUACCGCACCGGCAAGCUGCACUGCCCGGCCGACGUGUGCGGGCCGCUCUACGAGGAGGAGCUGGCCUUCUGGGGCAUCGACGAGACCGACGUGGAGCCCUGCUGCUGGAUGACCUACCGCCAGCACCGCGACGCCGAGGAGGCGCUCGACAGCUUCGGGGGCGCGCCCCUAGACAACAGCGCCGACGACGCGGACGCCGACGGGCCCGGGGACUCGGGCGACGGGGAGGACGAGCUGGAGAUGACCAAGCGCCUGGCGCUCAGCGACUCCCCGGACGGCCGGCCCGGCGGCUUCUGGCGCCGCUGGCAGCCGCGCAUCUGGGCGCUCUUCGAGGACCCCUACUCCUCCCGCUACGCGCGGUAUGUGGCCUUUGCCUCCCUCUUCUUCAUCCUGGUCUCCAUCACCACCUUCUGCCUGGAGACCCACGAGCGCUUCAACCCUAUUGUGAACAAGACCGAGAUCGAGAACGUUCGGAAUGGCACGCAAGUGCGCUACUACCGGGAAGCGGAGACGGAGGCCUUCCUCACCUACAUCGAGGGCGUCUGCGUGGUCUGGUUUACCUUCGAGUUUCUCAUGCGUGUCGUCUUCUGCCCCAACAAGGUAGAGUUCAUCAAGAACUCGCUCAACAUCAUUGACUUUGUGGCCAUCCUCCCCUUCUACCUGGAGGUGGGCCUAAGCGGGCUGUCCUCUAAGGCUGCCAAGGACGUCCUGGGCUUCCUGCGCGUCGUCCGCUUUGUGCGCAUCCUGCGCAUCUUCAAGCUGACCCGCCACUUCGUGGGCCUGCGGGUUCUGGGCCACACCCUCCGUGCCAGCACCAAUGAGUUCUUGCUGCUUAUCAUCUUCCUGGCCCUGGGCGUCCUGAUCUUCGCCACCAUGAUCUACUAUGCCGAGAGGAUAGGGGCCCAGCCCAAUGACCCCAGCGCCAGUGAGCACACCCACUUUAAGAACAUCCCCAUUGGCUUCUGGUGGGCCGUGGUCACCAUGACGACGCUGGGCUACGGAGACAUGUACCCGCAGACGUGGUCCGGCAUGCUGGUGGGAGCACUGUGUGCGCUGGCGGGCGUGCUGACCAUCGCCAUGCCUGUGCCCGUCAUCGUGAACAAUUUUGGGAUGUAUUACUCCUUAGCCAUGGCUAAGCAGAAACUACCAAAGAAAAAAAAGAAGCAUAUUCCACGGCCACCGCAGCUGGGAUCUCCCAAUUAUUGUAAAUCUGUCGUAAACUCUCCACACCACAGUACUCAGAGUGACACAUGCCCGCUGGCCCAGGAAGAAAUUUUAGAAAUUAACAGAGCAGAUUCCAAACUGAAUGGGGAGGUGGCGAAGGCCGCGCUGGCGAACGAAGACUGCCCCCACAUAGACCAGGCCCUCACUCCUGAUGAGGGCCUGCCCUUUACUCGCUCGGGCACCCGCGAGAGAUACGGACCCUGCUUCCUCUUAUCAACCGGGGAGUACGCGUGCCCGCCUGGUGGAGGAAUGAGAAAGGAUCUUUGCAAAGAAAGCCCUGUCAUUGCUAAGUAUAUGCCGACAGAGGCUGUGAGAGUGACUUGACCA